AUGCAAGCAGAUAAACGUUAUGCUAAAGCAAAUAAUGAAAAAACACUAGAUUAUGACACAGAGAAAGAGAAAUCAUGGUUGACAUAUUAUCAAGAUUGCAAAGGAGAAUUUCAAGUAACGAAUGAUAAAAUAAAUAUUAAAAGUUUCUGUAAUUCAGUACCCACUAUAACAAUAUUGAUUCAAAACGUGUACCCGAACAUUCAAAAUAUAUCUUCUAAAUCAUUGAAAUGGUUUCAAGAAAGGGCUAUUUUGUCACCAACAAAUGAGCAAGUCGACAAAAUAAAUGAUUUGAUUUUAUCUAGGUUUGACGCUCAAUCACAAAUGUACUAUUCAGUUGAUACAGUUUUAGAAAAAGAGGAUGCAGUCCAUUUCCCAACUGAAUUUCUUAACUCUUUAACACCUCCUGGAGUCCCACCACAUAAACUGAUUUUAAAAAUAGGGGCACCUAUUAUUUUAAUGAGAAAUUUGAGCCCACCCACACUUUGCAACGGUACAAAACUACAAAUCAAAAAAUUGAGAAGUUCAUUACUCGAGUGCAUAAUAUUAACAGGCUGUGGUAAUGGAAAAACUGUUUUAAUACCAAGAAUACCAAUUAUACCCUCAGAUUUACCUUUUAAGUUUAAACGUAUUCAAUUCCCCGUUAAAUUAGCAUUUGCAAUGACUAUAAAUAAGGCACAGGGACAAACACUUAACGUUGCUGGAAUUGACCUAAGCGUUCAAUGUUUUUCUCACGGUCAACUAUACGUCGCCCUGUCACGUGUGACAUCCAAAUUUAAUUUGUAUAUUUUUGCCCCUGAUCCAGAAAAAGUUGAUAACGUUGUUUAUAAAGAAAUUUUUUAA